AUAAUCAUUUAUUAGCAAAAACAAAUUAUUGAGUAAGAGUGUUAAAACUAUGGGGAAGUUUUUGAGAGUUUUAGGAUUGUCGGUUUUAGUGUUAUCACUUGUAGUGGUGUUUGUAGGGUUAGCGGAGGGAAGACAAUUGGAGGAGACAAAUAAUGUGGGUAAGGAGGAUUUUGUAGGAGAGGAAAAUGGUUUGGGUUAUGGGGGUGGUAAAGGAGGCGGCAUUGGUGGUGGAUAUGGAGGUGGUAAAGGUGGCGGCAUUGGUGGUGGAUAUGGAGGUGGCGUUGGAGGAGGUCAUGGAGCUGGCGGUGGCUUUGGAGGCGCCCAUGGAGGUGGUUAUGGAGGAGGCCAUGGAGGUGGUGUUGCCGGUGGUUAUGGAGGAGGUGUAGGAGGCGGUGUUGGUGGUGGCUUUGGAGGUGGAGUGGGUGGUGGUUAUGGAGGGGGCAAAGGUGGAGGGGUUGGAGUUGGUGGUGGAGUUGGUGGUGGUUAUGGAGGAGGUGUUGGAGGCGACCAUGAAGGUGGUACGGGAGGUGGCGCAGGAGGUGGGUAUGGAUCAUGAGGAGGCAAGGGUGGAGGCAUCGGAGGUGGUCAUGGAGGUGGAGUUGGUGGUGGUUAUGGAGGAGGCAAAGGAGGAGGUGUUGGAGGUGGAGUAGGAGGCGGCCAUGAAGGUGGUGUAGGAGGUGGCGCCGGUGGUGGAUACGGUUCAGGAGGAGGUAAAGGUGGAGGCAUUGGAGGUGGUGUCGGAGGUGGUCAUGGAGGUGGAGUUGGUGGUGGUUAUGGAGGAGGAGUUGGAGGUGGAGUAGGAGGCGGUCAUGAAGGUGGUGUUGGUGGCGGAUACGGAGGAGGAGGAGGAAAGGGUGGAGGUGUUGGAGGUGGCUACGGAGGAAGCCAAGGAGGAGGAGUUGGUGGAGGUGUAGGAGGUGGUCAUGGAGGAGGUGUCGGUGGUGGUUAUGGAGGCGGCCAUGGCGGCGGUGUUGGCGGAGGCCAUGGAGGUGGUAUCGGUGGUGGCUACGGAGGCGGUAUUGGAGGAGGUUCUGGUGGAGGUGCCGGUGGUGGCAUUGGAGGGGGUCACGGGGGUGGCUAUGGAGGUGGAGCUGGAGGAGGCUAUGGAGGCGGUGCUGGUGGAGGCCAUGGUGGAGGAUAUGGAGGUGGUGGUUACUAAGGUACCACUUCAUGAGGCGUUGUUCUUAUAAGAAAUGUUGCAACAUGAAAUCAUCCAUUUAUUAUUGGAUCAAUCAUAGUAAUUAGUUAGGUCGGUGGUAUUGUAAAAGUAAGCUAUCAUGCAUGCACAUAUGCAUGCAGAUGCAUUAUUAGUUCGUAAAUUUAUCUACGUAAGGCUAGCUAAAACUUAGGUAUGAAAAUAAAAUAUGUGGUAACUUAUUCUACCAUAAAGGUGCGUUUGCUUUUGAGAAAAUGAGAUUUACAUUCAGCCUUUAUCACUUCAUAAUGUACCAA